GUGACAAGAGGCUCUAAAAUAGUCCGAUAUAUGAAGCGAUCGAUCUUGAUCUUACCCGAACACAAAGUCAAAAUACAACCCGGUUAUUAGUUUUGGUUGCAUCUAUCUCCAUCUUCCUUCUUUGAAUUCUUCAACACCCCCGUCAGAUUCAUCAUGAAUGCUGAGUAUGACUAUCUUUUCAAGCUUUUGCUUAUUGGUGAUUCUGGUGUUGGCAAAUCAUGUCUCCUCCUGAGAUUUGCUGAUGAUUCAUACUUGGAGAGUUACAUUAGCACUAUUGGAGUUGACUUUAAAAUCCGUACUGUUGAGCAAGACGGGAAGACAAUUAAACUUCAGAUUUGGGAUACUGCAGGGCAAGAACGUUUUAGAACAAUAACUAGCAGCUAUUACCGUGGGGCACAUGGUAUCAUAGUUGUUUAUGAUGUGACUGACCAAGAUAGCUUCAAUAAUGUUAAACAAUGGCUGAGUGAAAUUGAUCGCUACGCAAGUGAGAAUGUCAAUAAACUUCUUGUUGGGAACAAGUCUGACCUCACUGCGAAUAAAGUAGUUUCAUAUGAAACAGCCAAGGCAUUUGCCGAUGAAAUAGGCAUUCCAUUUAUGGAAGCCAGUGCAAAAGAUGCUACUAAUGUGGAGCAGGCCUUUAUGGCCAUGACUUCAUCAAUCAAAGAAAGGAUGGCAAGCCAACCUUCGAUGAAUGCGAAGCCGCCAACAGUGAACAUCCGUGGACAGCCUGUUGCACAGAACAGUGGCUGCUGUUCUUCUUAAGGAUGAGCUAUGUUGCCUGCACACAUGCUGGCAUAUAAAAUGGCUCCGUCGUGUACAACUGUUCGUCUUUGUAAUAGUGUUUAUUUUAGUGUUGCAAUGUUUUAGUUAUCUUACAUUUAAUCAAGCAAAAGGAAGUACAAAUCAAGAAUGGACGUUCAUAUUAACUUUGUUUAUUCUGCUGCAUAUUGCCAUCAGACGCAUUGACCAUAUCACAUUUUAAUCACAUUGGCAGGCGAGUGUUGUAAUGUUUGCCAGUUGCACUCGCAAUUGGGCUCACCAUUUUACAUUCGGCUUUGCUUGGAGCAUGUGCUGCUUAUCUUUCA